AUGGAAUAUGUAAGUACUAAACUCACUUGGGAGAAAGUUGAUGACCUGAAGAUGGAAACUUGUUACAUUGCACCAGAUUAUGCGUCAGAAGUUAAAAUAUUCCAGCUUCCUUGGACUCCUGCACCUGUCGAGGAACAACCUUCAGAAGAAGAAAUAGCCAGAAAGGCAGAGAGAAAGCAGAGACAGGUUCAAAGGCUGAGGGGAUGGCUGAAGCCUGAAGCUAAGAGAACAUCUCGUAUUACUGAACUUGAGAAUGAAAUUAGAGGUUUGGACUUCCUCGUAAAGCAGCUUCAGCAUGUUCCAGAGAAUGAUGUUCCUGCAUUUCUUAGAGAUACAGGCUAUGCCUCUAAACAGGAAAUAGAAUCUAAUCUCCUUCAUGUCCCUGACAAGAUGCUGACAUCAGAGAAGUUAUUCUUAAAUGUGCUUAAAGAUAAAAAGAGGCAGCUUUUUCUCAAAUCCACAGCUGAGGCUAGGCAGCAAGCUAAACAAAGGAAAUUGGAAGAGGAUUUUAUGAUGGGGUGGAGUGGAAGGGUCGAAGGGAUAGUUCUUGGGUUUUUCUUGGUUAACAUUCUAGUGAUUUCAGUAGCUGGAGCUGAUGAUAUCCAGAGCUUGAAGAUAUGGCCAAUGCCAGAAUCAGUGAGCUGUGGACAAGGAACACUUUAUCUUGACAUCCAAGGAUUUGAGCUUAAGACUGAAGGAAGCAGUUAUGUUGAUGCUUCAGGGAUCCUGGUGGAAGGAUUCUCCAGGUUACUUGACGUGAUUAAAGGGGUACAUGUCAUUCAAUCCAAAGUGAUUUCAGGUUUCAGUCCUUCUCUAGUGAUCAAGGGGAUUCGUGUCGUCAUUCUAUCUCCCAGUGAUGAGUUACAACACGGAGUUGAUGAAUCGUACAAGUUAUCUGUUCCCAUGCAGGGGAGUCCAAUCUAUGCCUAUAUUGAGGCUCAAACAGUUUAUGGAGCAUUACAUGGAUUUGAGACAUUUAGCCAACUCUGCUCUUAUAGUUUUGAAACAAGACUGAUUGAAGUUCAUCAGGCUCCUUGGACCAUUGCUGAUAAACCAAGGUUUCCGUAUCGUGGUCUGUUGAUAGAUACAUCUAGGCACUUUCUGCCGGUGCCAAUCAUAAAGAAGAUCAUUGAUUCGAUGGCUUACGCCAAGCUGAAUGUGCUGCAUUGGCACAUUGUGGACACACAAUCAUUUCCUCUUGAGAUUCCUUCAUAUCCAAUGCUGUGGAAAGGUGCUUAUUCUAGUUCUGAGAGAUAUACAUUUGAUGAAGCUGCUGAAAUAGUGAGCUAUGCUAAAAGAAGAGGCAUUAAUGUAUUGGCUGAAAUUGAUGUACCAGGACAUGCGGAAUCCUGGGGGAUUGGCUAUGCAUCACUUUGGCCAUCAAGAACUUGCAGACAGCCUCUUGAUAUAAGCAACAAUUUCACUUUCCAAGUCAUUGAUGGAAUUCUCUCAGAUUUCAGUAAGGUGUUCCACUACAAAUUCGUCCACCUUGGGGGUGAUGAAGUGGAUACUAGUUGCUGGAGGUUUACUCCUCGUGUCGCUCUCUGGUUAUUACAGCAAGGAAUGAGUGAAUCUCAAGCUUAUGAAUACUUUGUAUUGAAGGCACAGCAAAUAGCUCUAUCCCAUGGCUAUGAAAUAAUAAACUGGGAAGAGACAUUCAACAAUUUCGGAAGCAAGUUGAACCCGAAAACUGUGGUUCACAACUGGCUCGGAGGUGGUGUAGCGCAGAAAGUUGUGGCAGCUGGAUUGCGGUGCAUAGUAAGCAACCAGGACAAAUGGUACUUGGACCAUUUGGAUGCAACAUGGCAAGGCUUUUAUUCCAAUGAGCCCCUUACAAACAUCACAAUACCUGCGCAACAAGCACUAGUUUUAGGCGGCGAAGUAUGCAUGUGGGGCGAACACAUCGAUGGAUCAGAUAUCGAACAGACUAUAUGGCCAAGAGCUGCUGCAGCUGCCGAGAGACUCUGGACACCUUAUGAGAAGCUAGCCAAGAAUCCACAAGAAGUUGCAGCAAGGUUAGCACAUUUCAGGUGCUUGUUAAACCAAAGGGGAGUAGCUGCUGCACCGUUGGCUGGACUAGGACGAGUUGCCCCAUAUGGGCCAGGUUCCUGCUACCAGCAAUAA